AUGACCUCACGGUAUAGAGUUGAGUAUGCUCUCAAAACUCACAGACGAGACGAAUUCAUAGAAUGGAUCAAAGGACUUUUGGCAGUUCCAUUCGUUCUCCAUGCAGAUGUUGAAAACUACGAUGAGGACCUUAGCCGGUUCUUGAACAACGAAGAAGAUCCAAAGUAUGCUCAAUUGUAUGAGGAACGAUUAGAGAAAGCGUGUCAAAGCAGAUAUCUCGAGAUAUUCCACGACGUCGAAAAGCUAAUUGACAACACAAUCUACUUGGACUCUCUUGUGAAAGAUCCGUCACAUGUUUCACGCAGCCGAUUGCGUCAAUUGGUUCCAAGUGUGGGGCAAUUCUUCACCAAAUUACCAUUGAAAGAAGCCUUUCUCAUUGAAGACAAGAAACGACUGAUUUCUCGGAGGCGUCUCGUCAGUCCGUCGUUUAAUGACGUUAGAAACAUCUUGAAUACUGCCCAGGUAAUUGCUCUUACUUCCAAUGCUCACAUGCCACUCAAGUUGAUCACUUUUGAUGGAGAUGUCACCUUGUAUGAAGAUGGCAAGUCCUUAACUCCCGAGUCGCCCAUCGUGGAGUGCUUAGUGCAAUUGCUAGCACAUAAUCUUUUCGUUGCAGUGGUAACCGCUGCAGGGUAUCCAGGCCACCAAGGCGCCUUUGAAUAUCACAAGAGAUUACAUGGACUUAUUGAAGUGCUUAACAACACGAACAUGUUACUGGCCGAACAGAAGUCGAAUUUUCUAGUUAUGGGAGGAGAAUCCAACUACUUGUUCCGCUACAAUUACGAAGCCCGCGGGCUCGAAUUCAUCGAAGGUGACGACUGGUACUUGCCAUUGAUGAGACUGUGGGAUCAGGACUUAAUCGCUCGGAUCAUGGAAGCUUCGUACCAACACUUGGACUAUCUUCGCAAAAAGAUGCGUUUAGACAGCUCGGCCAAAACCAAAAUUAUCCGUAAGGAGCGGUCUCUUGGAAUUAUCCCAGUGCCUGAUUACAAAAUACUGCGAGAGACACUCGAAGAGAUUGUCUUGUCGUUACUGAACAAGCUCAACGAAAUUUUGAACCAGAAACACCAACCACUCCAUUUGGGAGGUGCGGAAAUUGACCAUCCUAUUACGAUCACCGACGAGGUAUCUUCUUCAGACGUUCGGGUGUGUGCAUUCAAUGGAGGCUCUGAUGUGUGGGUAGAUAUUGGAGAUAAGGCACUCGGAGUCGCUGCAUUACAACGCUAUUUAUGCCGAUUCCAUGGUGAAGACGAAGUGUGCCCCAUAACGAAGAGUGAAAGUUUACACAUCGGAGACCAAUUUGCUUCAGUGGGUGCAAAUGAUUUCAAGGCCAGGUUGAGUGCUUGUACGGUAUGGAUCGCCAAUCCAAGAGAGACCAAGAAGAUUCUUGACUUCUUGAUUGAAUCCUUGAACAAGGGAGGUGCCGGCAAUAAGAAGAAGAGCUAG